AUGGUUGAUGAAAAACCUUUUCCAGCCCCUAAUUUUGCUCGAGAAUUAAAACAUGAUGACCUUAUAAAAUCUCAUUUACAUCCUCAUUCGUCCGACGAUCACAUCUAUGCUGUGCCGAUUAAGGUUCGCAAAGCUGCGAUUUCUAACAGUUCUACACCAAAAUCAACUAAAAAGCCUAUACAAGAGCAGAGAUUUAAGGUAUUAGAAACUAACGAACACCUCGUUAAUUCUGAACAUAAUAUGGUUGACGAAAAACCUUUUCCAGUCCCUAAUUUUGCUCAAGAAUUAAAACAUGAUGCUCAUCAUGAUGACCUUAUAGAAUCACCUUCAGAUCCCCAUUCGACAAGUCAACUUGAGAUGGUUGACAAUCUUCUUGAUUUUACAUCAAAAUUAACUAACAAAACAACAAAGGAAAUUCUAGAUAAAAUGGGACAAAUCGCAAAGAAAAUUCAUUCCAAUGAACUCGUUAUAGGCAAUCCUAAAAUAUCUUAUAAAAAAAAAAAAGAAUUAAUAAGAAAAAACGAAAAGCUUAACAAAGAAUUAAUCUAUUAUAAAAAUUUCGUUCAACAUAAAGCUUCAGGCCUUUCUACAUAUGACAAGCGUAUUGAACAAGAUUUACGUGAUCCAACAAAGCCCAAAUAUAUGAAAGACGAAUCUGCAAAAACCAAAAUGUAUUUUCUCAGCGAUAUAAUUGAACUCGCAUACGAAGCAAAAGAACGUUACAACAUUAAUCUUUUAAAAUAUCUCAAAAAUACAAUUGGAAAAGAUGAUGAUCAAGAUAACGAUGAAAACGAACUAGACGAUCCAAAAUCACAAUCCGAUGAAGAUAGAAGUUCUUUAUCUAGUAAAGACACAGAAUUUGAUUAUCAUCCAGAUAACGAAAUUAAUAAGAAAAAAAAACAUCACAAAAGAGUUAAAGGAUUUUUCAAAACUGGCAAAUAUAAAUUGAAUCAUGAAGGUUCUAUACAUAGUAAUGCUGAUAGUGAUUCAUCAACACAAACAGAAACCCCAUCAGUAACAGGAAACGGUGAAAUACAUAUCAGUGAUGAUGAAAUACAUACCAGUGACGACGAAAUACACACUAAUGACGACGAAAUACACACUAAUGACGACGAAAUACACACUAAUGACGACGAAACUAAAGGAUUAAAAAAUUCCAAAGAUAAUGAACAUGACAACGAUGAUAUAGAAAAAAAAAAUUUUUUUAAAAAAGUUAAAGGAGUUUUAAAACCCUUUAAAAAAUCGUCCAAAAAAAUUAAAAAUAACUUUAAUAAAAACACUGACAACCCAUCUAACAAUGAUCAAUAUGCUGAAUUAAAUGGUUUAGAUGAAACUGAUUCGAAUGAUCAUACAACAAAUGUAGCAGAUGAAAUACUCAAUUUUAAAAAAAAUGCUAACCUUGAUGAUGAAGAAAAUUUGUUGCUACAAAAUAGUUUAACACGGCGCAAGACAAGAAACAAACGCUCCGAAAGUCCGGCGCAGUCUGACAUUAAUGUUGACGAUGAACAAGAAAAUGAUGAAGAUGAAAUGUAUUCAUCUGACAUAAGUACACCAAGCAACGACAAUAAUGAUACGCAAUCACUGCAAGAACAAGAAAUACACAAGAAAACGCUUAAUAGAAAAUAUCCGUCUCAGAAAGAUUUUCGACACCAAGAAGAACUAAAUAAAAACUAUAUUUUUGAUGAAAAUCAACAGAAAAUGCCCGUCCUUCCAAUCUCCAAUCCAAUUUAUGGUGAUGAUAAAAAACCAAACGAAAAUACGCCAUUAAAAGAUGAAUACAUGGAUAACUUCCGUGAAGAUCAUAUGCCAAAUAAGGACUCAUUGCAACUACAAAAUAUGAAAAGAUGCGGCGGCUUGUGUUCGGGGCUGGCAUCUAUUCUAGCGGGAGUGGGCGUUGGCUUUAUUCGUUUAAUUGAUGAUGAUUUGGUUUCAGAAUCUAACUUGCAUCGACAAUUAUUGUUCGGCUACGAUUCUCUGGAACAGAUAGUCGAAGAGAUAGAAAAUCAAGUUAUGAACAAGUCACAAUCAUGCUCUCGUAGCGGAGUUUUGAGCAAUAUCCCCAACAUUAUCGGAAGCUUAAUGUCAAGCGAAGUGGUAAAACUGUUAUUAUCAUGGAAAUCCAACUACAACUAUUUGACCUACGACAUGCGCAAUCUUACCACGCCCAUCAGGAAUAUCUGCGAUAAAUUUAGUUGA